AUGACUCGCACCCAAAUCCAUAAGGUGGCGGUCAUUGGUGCCGGGAUCAGUGGUGUUGUUUCCGCGGGACACCUGCUGGCGGCCGGAUUUGAUGUCACUGUCUUCGAGAGAAAUAAGGUUGCAGGAGGAGUGUGGUAUGUAUCAUGUGGCAUCUUCGGUAUGGCUCAGAAAUUAACCGAAGACAGGCUGUACGAUGAACGGCAGCCGAUCGAGCCGCAGUAUCCUGCCACGAAGCCGUCGGAAACAGAUCAACCGGCGAAAGAUCGACACCAGAAGGAGAGAUUCUGUAGCCCUUGCUAUGAGAGUUUGAGGAAUAACGUUCCCACGCCUUUGAUACGGGUGAAGCUUAAUGCGUGGCCAGAAGGGACUCCAGACUUUGUCAGCCACGAUGUAAUAAAAGAGUAUAUUCAAGAUACAUCUCGGAAAGCACGAGUUGAUGAUGUCACAAUCUACGGAGCGCGAGUCAAAGACCUUCGCAAACGUGGUGAUAAAUGGGAGGUUUUCUGGUCGACAGUUGGCGAAAACGACCAGUCGGACAUGGUGGUCGAAUUGGAAGAAAUUUCGGUAUUUGAUGCGAUAAUUGUCGCAUCAGGGCAUUAUCAUGCGCCUCGCAUUCCAGAUAUACCUGGCUUGUCGGAAGCGAAGACUCAUUGGGCGUCUCGAAUUAUGCAUUCGAAGGGGUUUCGAAAGUCGCAAGGCUUUGAGAACAAGAAUGUCCUCCUCAUUGGCGGUGGAGUAUCAUCCGCAGAUAUUGCGAAGGAAAUUGGUCCCGUCGCCAAAACUGUCUACCAAAGCACAAGGAACGGCGACUUCGAUCUUCCCGCGAGCUUGCUCCCUGAUAACGGGGUGAGGAUUGGCGAAGUAUCGCACUUUGAGAUCGACAGGUCCCAGGACACAGUUUCCGACGACGAGCCUUUACCUUUAACCAUACAUCUGAAGUCGGGGCAGAAACUAUGCGGAAUCGAUAGGGUUAUCAUCUGCACUGGUUAUCACAUCACGCUACCUUUCCUGCGAGAUUAUCACAGCGACCACACGCCUGCUGAACUUGCUGAUGAGAAGAUUCUGGUCACCGACGGGACUCAAGUGCAUAACCUGCAUAAAGAUAUAUUCUACAUUCCAGAUCCCACACUAGCCUUUAUCGGGGUUCCCUACUACACAGCCACAUUUACUCUGUUCGAAUUCCAGGCGAUCGUGGCAACGCAGGUCUUUGCCGGAAUUGCCCAGAUACCCCCGGCGGAUGUUAUGAGACUGGAGUACUUGGCCAAGAUCAAGGAAGUUGGCAGUGGGAAGAAGUUUCACUCGUUGAAAGAUAAGGAAGAGUUUUACGUGAGGGAUAUAUUACAAUGGGUGAAUGAGGAUAGGGCUACAUACGGGCUCGGUCCGCUGGAAGGACAUUCCACUCAGUGGCUUGAAGCCAAGGAAGAACAUAGAAAAAGGAUUGAAGGGCUUUGGCAGAGCACAGGUCGGAGGGACAGUGGUGUCGGCGAGCUUCCGGUGUUGGCAGUGUGUAGUUAA